AAAGUGGGCGUUGGGUGUAUAAAAAGGAGCAUUGUGCAUGAUUGAUUGCAAUUGGGGUGUGUUUUAACUAAAGAGAAGAGUGUUUUUGAAUUUCAUAUCAUAUCAUAUCCAUGGCAUCGGUGGGGGUUACGGGCGGUGAACCGGUGGUCAAAGCGGUGGCUUUAUGCGGCUCUCUUCGUAAGGCUUCCUUUAAUCGUGGCCUUAUUCGAGCCGCGAUGAAGAUUUGUAAGGAGGAAUCGGGAAUUGAAAUCGAGUACCUGGAAGUGGAUCCCUUGCCCAUGCUUAAUACCGAUCUUGAAACUCCAAACGGAGGUUUUCCUCCCGUCGUUGAGGCUUUCCGCCGCAAGAUCCUUCACUCCGAUUGUAUUCUCUUCGCUUCUCCCGAGUAUAAUUACUCUAUUGCCGCUCCCUUAAAGAAUGCAAUUGAUUGGGCAUCAAGACCACCAAACGUGUUUGCCGGAAAGGCAGCGGCGAUAAUGAGUGCCGGCGGUGGAUUCGGCGGUGGAUUGGCACAAUUCCAUCUCCGGCAAGUGGGAGUGUUUUUGGACCUUCACUUUGUGAACAAGCCUGGGGUUCAUGUGAAUGCCUUUCAACCACCUCCCAAGUUCAAUGAAGAUGGUGACUUGAUUGAUCAACAAACCUAUCAGAACUUGAAACUACUUCUUCUUUCCCUUACCAACCUUUCUCUACGACUCCAAUCCAAUUCCAAAUAAUCAUUUAAAUCUAUUUAAAUUAAUUACACUUUGUUUUCCCUUCCUUCUCUCUUCCCAUCCUUCAAUAAUUAAUUACAAUAGCGUCUCCUUUUCAAUCAUAAUCAUAAUUAAUAAUAAUAAUCUUUGUAUUGUGUGUGUUACUUCCUU